AUGGCAGCAAGAUACACAGCUCCUUCGUACGACGGAGGCGGCGGACAACCUUACCACUCUUCCGCUUCCACUUCCUCCCACGCACACGGUUCGCUCGAAGAUGGCGUCGACGCCGACACGGUCGACUAUUGGGACAACGGGCCCAUUCCCGCACCGUACCGCCUGUCCACUGCACACGCGGCUUCACCUUACCCGACCUCUUCCUCGCGACACGACGAGCAGGAACUGCACUCGGCGCCAUCUGGCUACCUGUCGCACUCCCCCUACCUCCCGACUCUGCCCUCGGAACCAGAGGCGUUGGGAGCGGGGCACUACAUGCCGUCGUUUGCGAGUCACGACUCGCUCUACCACAAGGAGAGGUACAGCGGGGAGGACGAUUCGACGUACUACUCGCAUCGCGGGUCGAUGGAUGUGUGGGGGUUGGACGACGGCGCGGCUGCGGCACGCACGUCUCUGGCUCAGGCACGCGAGCGGUAUCUGUCCCGCAAAGAGGCCGCGUUGGCGGCGACGGAAUCAGCGUACGACUUUAAGCCCGCGAAGCCGGCUCGAUUCACGCCGCGGCAGAAGAAAUGGGCGGCGAUUGUGGGGUCGCUGACCACCGCCAUCGUGUUCGCGAUCAUCAUCUUCUUCGCGACACGCAACAAGACGAAUUCGACCAUCGUCGAUCCGCCCUCGUCCUCGACCUCUGGUGACAAGUCUGGGAAGCCGACCGCAGGGGUGGUUAGUACGAGCGGUGGCGAUCCGAGCAAGUUCACCAAGGAUCCGCGGCUGCACCACUCGAUGUACGGCAUCUGCUAUACGCCGUUCCACGCGCAGUACCCUGCGUGCGGGGCGACGCAGAGCAAUGUGACGGAGGAUGUUCAGCUGCUCUCGCAGCUCACGUCGCGCGUCCGGCUGUACGGCAGCGACUGCGAGACGUCGCAGCUGGUGCUCGAGGCGAUCAAGCAGACGCAGGUCGACAUGACGGUCUUCCUCGCCGUGUGGGUCGACGACAACGCGGUGACGUUCCAGCGCCAGGUAGCCAACGUCGUCGAUGCCAUCGCCAAGUACGGUACAGAUCGCAUUGCCGGCAUCACGGUCGGCAACGAGUUCCUGCUGAAUGGAGGCAGCGUCACCACGCUGCUCGACCACAUCGCGACAGUCAACAGCACAAUCAACAAGGGCACGGGCAAAUACGUCCCCAUCGGCACCGCGGACGCAGGCAGCAUGGUUACCACCCAACUCGCCUCGGGUGCCGACUACAUCAUGGCCAACGUGCACCCCUGGUUCGGUGGGCUCCCCGUCGACCAAGCCGCCGGCUGGGUGUACGAGUACACCAACACCAACGCGCCCGCCACUGCGCUUCUGGCGCCAAACAAGCCAACGCUGUACGUCGCCGAAGCCGGCUGGCCGACAGGUGCGAACGAGACCCGCCUGGCGACGUACCAGGGCGCCACGGCCGGUGUCGACGAGCUCAAUACGUUCCUCGCGAGCUUCGUGUGCCAGUCAAACGCCAAUGUCACUGCCGCAGGACUGCAGCCCAGCUUUGUGUUCGAGGCGUUCGACGAGCCGUGGAAGGACCCACUGUACGGAGGUGUCGAGGCGCACUGGGGUCUGUUUGAUGCCAAUAAGCGCUUGAAGGACGGCCUAGUGAUUCCGGAUUGUCAGGCGCCCUGA